AUGUUGUCGCUUAGAGCGGCAGCGCCGAUGGGAGUCUGUGGCGUCGCCUUGACGCUGCAUCGGCGGCAUCUCUCCGUGCGCACGGAGGACUUCUUCAGCAAGGAGGCCGUCAGCCACGCGCGGCGUGUCAGUUGGGCCCCGCACACCACUGAGAAGAAACAGGGCGCAUUCGCCAAGCUGGCGCGCUCUAAUUUCUCGGACCCACUACCGAGUUCCUUCACGCAGGAGCCGUACUAUGAGGAGGCGAUCGAGGCACACCGUCUGCAUCACAGGCCGGACGUGUACGUUUACAAGUACAAUGUUUCUCCGACGCACAUGUCUCUUCGUGAGUAG